AUCUCGCUCAUUUAUUGAAUGUUUCUUCACAUCAGUGCGCACUCGAGUUCGCCACACACACAGGGAGCGAGACACAAGAAGCAGUGCUCUCGAUCACACGGCGAUCUGAGCGCGCGCGCAGCCGGAUCAUUCAAAAUUUCAAAAUUCGAAUGUAACAGCAGCGGCGAGAUGCGACAUUAUAUCCGUCUGUCGGCGCUUUGAGCAACGCGCGUCACGCAGGAUGGAGAGGAAAUUUUGCUGAACUUAAAGCAGUUGUUUGUUUUUUUUAUUUGCUUUGCUUCAGACAUGGAGAGCUGACAGCUGAACGUGUGCAAGCGGAAGUACAACGACACACAGCCACAGGAGCCAUUAGAUCUACACAUUGGGUGACAUUUUUAGACCAUACCCGCUGUCCUCAGUCAUGGCUGCUUACGGACAGACACAGUACAGCCCUGCGUUACAGCCGGCCGGUCCGUACACACCGUACACACAUCACACACAGGGCUACAGCAUGACGUCCUACAAUAUUAAAACAGAAGAUGGUUUGAGUCAUUCACCAGGACAGAGCAGUCUGCUGGGAUACACGUCCAACUUCAGCGGCACUCCACCUGCUCAGACGCUCUACAGUUACUCUACACACGGCGGCAACAUUUCUUCUGGAAUUUUCCAGGGUGCUAACAGCAUCACAGGCUCAACGCCAUUCAGUCCUACACAGCAGGACUUCUCAACAUAUUCUAGCUACAGCCAAAGUCAAUAUUCGCCAUACUACAACACACACUACAACAGCCCGUACAUCACAACCAGCAAUAUCACACCCUCAGCCAUCACCGCGGCGAUACCCUAUCAGCACACAGAUCAUCCUGCUGUAUCGACCAAUCACAGCCCGGAAUUACACACAGAGUACCACACUCCCACGAGUCCUCUGACUCCAGGAAAGGAGCAGGAAGGCGCUCCAGCGAGACGCAGCUCAGAUGUUAAGCUGAGAGGCAGGAAGCGGGCCAAUGACCCCGUCCCCCCUCUGGACUCUGACAUUGAGAGAGUGUUUAUUUGGGACCUGGAUGAGACCAUCAUCAUUUUCCACUCACUCCUGACGGGGACAUUUUCCACACGCUUCGGCAAGGACUCUGGCAAGGCUGUUUCUCUGGGCUUGUGGAUGGAGGAGAUGAUCUUCAACUUGGCUGAUUCACGUCUGUUUUUCAACGACCUGGAGGAAUGUGACCAAGUUCACAUCGAUGAUGUGGCUUCGGAUGACAAUGGGCAGGAUUUGAGCACGUAUAACUUUGGCACGGAUGGCUUCCAGAGCCCAGCAGGUGGAGGCACGCUCUGCCUGGGUUCAGGUGUUCACGGCGGGGUCGACUGGAUGAGGAAACUCGCCUUCCGCUACCGCCGAGUCAAAGAGAUCUACAACACCUACAAGAACAAUGUAGGAGGUUUGUUGGGCAGUCCGAAGCGGGAAGAGUGGCUUCAGCUGAGGCGGGAGAUGGAGGUUUUGACGGAUCUGUGGCUGACGCAGGCACUGAAGGCCCUCGCUCUCAUCAACUCCAGACCGAACUGUGUGAACGUGAUGGUCACCACCACGCAGCUGAUUCCAGCGCUCUCUAAAGUGCUCCUCUACGGUCUCGGAGGAGCUUUUCCCAUCGAGAACAUCUACAGUGCCACCAAAACAGGUAAAGAAAGCUGCUUUGAGCGCGUGACUCAGAGGUUCGGCCGGAGAGCCGUGUAUGUGGUUGUAGGGGAUGGUGUGGAGGAGGAGACGGUCGCCAAGAAGAAGAACAUGCCGUUCUGGAGAGUGACGUGCCGUGCGGAUCUGGAGGCGUUGAGUCAUGCACUUGAGCUGGAUUACCUCUAGAGGGCAGCACCUGCUCGUCUGCCAAGAACUGCAGGACCAAUCAGCAGGGAGCAGCAAUCUUACUGGAAAAGUUUGCUUCAGAUCAAUCCAAGAAAAAAAAAGAAAAAUCUCUUUCUCGCUCUCCACUUGAGAGACUCAGCUCUUUCACCCAUUCGCUUUUCUUUACAACAGCACUGCACUGAAACCAAAGACCCAUCAACGAACUGAUUCAGAAAGCCUGUGUUCGGAUAACAUCCUAUCAUACUACUCAUACUAUUUCUGCAGUACGCAACAUAUAUACUGUGCACAGUAUGUGUAUUUUCUGUUUGUGCAGAAACCCAGAAGACAGUAGAGCACAAUGCAUGGAUAUCCCAGAAUGCAAUGCACUUGACUUGAGUUUUUACAUCUCAUCUCUUUGGACUGCCAAAAAAAUUAAACCCGUUCAUACAAAAACUGGAUUAAAAAUGCAAAAUAACUAUUUUUAUUUCUGAGAUGAUAAUUAGAGGUCCUGUGACAUUAAUGCAGCAAACUACUGUUUGAGAUGUUUAUCAUGAUGCAUAAUGUCUACUAUUUUUAUAUUAAGCAGUAUGCAGUGUAAACUGUGCAGUAUGCUGUAAUGUUUGUUAGUAUUGCUUUCUGAACAUAGCCGUUCUGAAACAACCCAUUUUACAGAUGAAAGGGGUGUCAAAAUAGAAGAUUUUAGCAUGAAAAAAAAAAGAUUUUGUAAAGCAUGAAAUCAUAUGCAUUUCCAUGGGGAAAAAAAAGACCCAAUUCAUAAGCAAAGAGAGGGGGGAAAAAAAGAAAAAGAAAAAGAUUUGAUAGAAUUUUAUGUAAUCAUAACUGAUUUUUUUUUCUUGCAAUAUCAUAUUAAAUAGACUGAAUAUCGCACCAUACAUAAAACUAAUCAUUAAAUAAAUGUUAACUGAAUUAAAAUGAAUUGAGACAAAAUUAAGAUGUGCUGUUGUACUAAAACUGCUGAAAAACUAACCCCUCACGUUUUAUACGAGUUCAAAGUACUGCAAAUCCACUGUUUGAAUGAUAAACCCAUGAAACUAACCAUGAAAUUUGCCAAAGUAUUGUAGCAAAUGAUACUGCUACUGGUACUAAAAGAAAAGACAUGAUUAACUUAUGAAUGUCAGUGUCCUGUGAGUCUCAGACUUCUUUUCUUCAUGUGUCUCUGACGUGUGCCUGGAUCUUCAUGUGGUUAGUUACUGAUGUAUAUUUGUUACUUUGCUGAAGUUGAUGUACUGUAUACUGUAUGUGUCGCUCUGAUCUGCAUGUGCUCUUCACAACUGCUUCUGUUCGCUUUGAUUUGUAUAUAAGGUUUUAUUGUUGAUUAUUUCUGGGCUUAUUAUAAUAGAAUAAAGAUAAAUUAAUUUCA